AUGUUCGAGGAUUUCUCCUUCUCCACACCCUCGUCACGGCCGGGCCGUUUGACGGUAGAUGUCGAUGACCGGCUGAUGGUCGACUGCGACAGUAGUCUGGUCUCGCCAUUGUCGUCACGAUGUCCUUCGCCCCAGUCGCACCGAUUCCGCAAUCUUUCGCGGUCUCGAUCAUCCUACUAUCGAUCGCAGCAGCAACAACAACACCAACCGCCUCCGACCUCCGUGCCGUUUGCCUAUGAAUCCAAACGGCUCUCCAUAUCCACCUUGACGCGAAAGCUGCAUGAACAUACCCUUCAAACACCCGGCGACGAGUACGCAGAACAGGGCCGGCUAGCCCUCGACGGGCCGAGACUGCCGGGCCGAUAUGCCGGCUACGUUCUGACGCCGCCGGACACGGAUCACGACAGCGAUGGACGCGCAGAAUCUUCUCCGUCCCUGUGUUCCAACCCCAGUCCCACCUCGAUUCCCCCCGAAUUUCUCGCCCUCGACCGGGCAGACACCCCAAAUCCUAUCCCAGAUAUCCCUGAUCACCUGGACGUUCGCAUUCAGCGGCAACAAAUCUCUCAGUUACAAUGCAACGAGGGCGACAUUGAUGCCGUUCGUCGCACCGUUGUCGCAGAAUCCACCUUCCAUCCUGACCUGCCCUCAGACGACUGUCACCCGAGUUCACUCCCGCCCCGAUCCUCGCCGCGCCGCAGGGCCCUGACAUUACAGCGCAGCCGGUUUGGACCCGCGGAUGCUCCCACGACCGAGGGCCGAGGCGGACGACUAAGGAGUAACUCGUGCGCAAUGCAGUCUCAUCGAAUCGAGAAGAGUCAUCAUACGAGUCACUCGUGGCGAGACAUGUCUAAACGAGGCGAUCACCAUGGUCUCCGCAGGAAGAGCAUGGUAAGCGCCGCUUUGGCUUCCGUGGUCGAGCGGUCGUGA